AUGUACUCCGCACAGCCCAAAGGCGUUGAUAGUGCGACAAUCAAUCCUGCUGCCCUCGCGUCCUCUGACUCGCUCAGCCAAAACUCCCGAGGCGCCAAGAGGGAGCGAUCGCCAGAUAAGUCUCAAGCGCCGACAUCUGCUGCUACCGCCGCUGCUGUUCCGGCUGGGGAUGACGAUCAGAACCCACCUUGGAAACGUGUAAAGCCCAUGAAAUCAUCCGUUCCUGGCCCCGUCGCAGAGAGCACUGCUCCGCCGACAGCUCCCAUGCAGCCGCCAAUCCCGCCGCAGACGCCCCAGUCGCAGAAUGCACCUCUUCCGGGGCCGCAGCAGCCGGCGUACACGCCUUCCCAGGCGUCGGCCUCCUCGCCGCCCAAGCCCACGCCAACCAAGUCGACCCUGAAGGCCCUGCCGACCGUCCGCGACCACACCACAGACCAGCUCGGCCCAGGCGGCGACGAAUACCUGCCCAGGGAGAUCGACGAGAACGGCGAGAAGAAGGUCAUGCCCAAUGGCGCCCUGACUGGCAACCGGGAGUACCGCUGCAGGACCUUCCUCGUGCCCAACAGAGGGGAUAAGCUGUUCAUGCUGGCCACCGAGUGCGCCAGGGUUCUCGGCUACCGGGACUCGUACCUGCUCUUCAACAAGAACCGCUCCCUCUUCAAGAUCAUCGCCAACCAGACCGAGAAGGACGACCUCGUGAGCCAGGAGAUCCUUCCCUUCUCCUACCGGUCGAGGCAGAUCGCCAUUGUCACGGCCCGCAGCAUGUUUCGACAGUUUGGCAGCCGCGUCAUCGUAAAUGGGAGGCGCGUGCGGGAUGACUACUGGGAGACCAAAGCUCGCAAGCAGGGCUUUACAGAGGCUGACCUGGCCGGCGAGAAGAGGCCAGGUGCGUCCAAGGCGCGCGAGGCUGCCGCUGCCGCUGAGCAGAGCGCCUCUCUGCUGGGCGGACCACAGGGCGAGAUCGUCUACAGCAACACGCCCGGUCAGUUUGGGGGCGCUCCGCACCCCCAGCUCAUCCAGCCAGACUACCCCGAUGCGCGGCGGACCGAUUAUACCUCGAUUCUCAAGACCGGUCCUCGACAGGAGAUUACCGGUCCUCCAUACCAAGACAGAACCCAGCCGUCGCCCAUGCCCGAGAUUCACGCGCAGGCGCACCAUGCCGCCGAGUUCAACCGCGGGGUCAACCAGCAGCGUGAGAUGCGGUCUGAAUACAUGACAAACAUGUGGCGGAGGCCUCACGAACAGCCAACCACCGGAAACAUCCCCCAGCAGCAGCAGCAGCAGCAGCAGCAGCAGCAGCAGCAGCAGCCUACCUCGGUUGGGCCGGCUGAUGCAAGCAUCCCGACGUCUCGCGCGACCCAGUCGCCCCACGCCACGACAAGCGGGUUAUCGCAGCAACACACGGGCAUGGUUCCCAGCCAGAGCCCCCUGAUGAUGUCAGCCCCGCCGUACUCGACGCCCCUCCAGGCCCAAAACCCUAUCAGCCAGUCGUCCACCAUAAGAGGUAUGGCUCCCAUCUCUACCCAGCAGCGUUCACAGCCAACAGUCUCGUCUGCAGGAUCCUCGGGCAGCCUGCCGCAGUCAGGCUAUGGCUAUCAGCCCCCAAGCCAGAUGUGGCCGCCGACGCCGCAGACGCCUCAAUAUGGGUAUACCCACACCCAGCAGCAGUCGCAGCAGUCUCCUCACCCACAGCAGGGCUCGUCGUCCCAGAUUCGGCACUCGAGCGCGUCUGGGCCGGUGCAAUCUAGCAGCCUGCCCUACUCUGGCAUGCCUGGCAUGACCCAGACAUACCCUGCCCCUGCGCCGUACGAACACCAGACACCACGGCAGUACAUGCACCAGGGGUCUUCCUCGUCUCCAGCUGUGACCCAGGCGUGGUCGGGCCAGCAGGGGCAGCCGCAGCCGCAGCAGUGGUGGGCGCAGCAGCCUCAAUAGAGUCUGACUGUGAAGUCAAGGUGCAGAACCGUGUACGAAUUGACGACAACGACGCAUGUCGAGACGCCAUCACGUGUCUUAUCUCCGCGCAGUCUUCACGAUGUGUGUUUUCUUUCGAGAUACCCAUGGUUCAGGUCAACUAUGUUAUAUUGCAGGUCACACACAUGGUCCGCCUUAGUGAGGACAGCGUGAUGGGCAGCAGCGGCUGUUGUUUCAUGUGCUUGAAGGCUACAAGGCAGCACAUUGGGCCGGCGGUUUUGGUUUGAUUUUUGUCUUCUUCUACCCAUUUACUUUUCAUCCUGUUUCUUUCAUCCUUUUUUUCUUUCUUCAACGUCUCUUUCCCUUGUAUUGUUUUUUGACUUGGGCUGGGGCGGUGCACUUUGUGUGAGAGUGUGUGUGCUUUCUGUCUGGGAACGACUGGACUAGAUCCCUUCAGAUCUUUUCUCGACCACAAAUCCCAAGGCAAUCUGCAUCAUGGAAGGACGGGUAUAACCCAAGAUCAUGUACGCCACGACUCGACGACACCCCUCACUUUGCUCCUCUUUUUGCUCUCACGAGGGACACGAGUUUCAUGUAGUGCAGCCGGUUUUCUGCAUCGGCUGCAGUCG